CGGUGCCGCGGGGUGCGCAGCGGUCCCUCCGCUCCCAGCUGCAGGGAGCUCAGAGUUAGGGAAGCUCCAGUACCGGGUCCAAGCUUCAAAACCCGACGACACCGGCGGGACGUGCCCGGCACCCUGGCAUAACCAGAAAGUUGAAUUCUACCCUGGCUCUGACACGGGCCAACAAAGUGACCUUGGCAGUGGCUUCCUCGCUCAAGCCUCAGUUUGCGCCCCUGUGAACCAAGGAAAGAGCGGAGGCCCCCAGUCUCCCACGCAUCCAGGGGAGAUUGGAAGGAGAAAGCCCCCCUCCUCCCCACCUUUCCUCGCUCCCCAUGGCCUAAUUGGGCUUCCGACCCAGCGGAGCUUUCGGGCCCGGAGGCCGAGUGGGCGCGGAGCAAAGUCUGGCUCCCGCCCAGAGUGCGGCGUGGGCUGAGGCGCGGCGCCCAGGGCGCGCACAGACCCCUUCAUUCUUCCCGCUCCGCUCCACCGCGCAGUACAAUCCCUUUGCACAAGCCGCCCGCAAACCUUGGCACGAGCAGAGCUGUGCUCUCCCCCGCCGGAACAGCCAGCUCGCCGCCCAGCUUGCCUAAUCCGUUUAAGCCUCACCUCCUCCGCGAAGCUCUCCUGGGUUAACCCCAUCACUUCCAACCACUGUAUGUGGCACGUGUUCUAGGCUUUUCUUUCUUUUUUUUUUUUUCUUUUGGAAGCGCACAGGCGGUCUCAUUUGGAAUAACAAUGUCGAGGUGGCGGCAGGUGGGAGGGCCAGUGAACGCUGAGCAUUUGAAGCUUCGGCUCCAGGCUGGGUCACCGACUUUGCCUCUCUUCACAGAGUCCACAGAACCCCUCCCCGAAGAGCCCAAACCUGUGGAGAUGGCCUUUCACCACUGCCACAGGGACCCCCUGCCACAGCCGGGCCUCACCCCUGAGAGGCUGCAGGCACGGAGGCAGCUGUACGCCGCCUGUGCUGUGUGCUUCGUCUUCAUGGCCGGGGAGGUGGUCGGGGGGUACUUGGCGCACAGCCUGGCCAUUAUGACCGACGCGGCCCACUUGCUGGCGGACGUGGGCAGCAUGAUGGGCAGCCUCUUCUCCCUUUGGCUCUCUACCCGUCCAGCCACCCGCACCAUGACCUUUGGCUGGCACCGCUCAGAGACUCUGGGGGCUCUGGCCUCCGUGGUCUCCCUCUGGAUGGUCACUGGCAUCCUCCUGUACCUGGCCUUCAUCCGCCUGCUGCACAGCGACUACCACAUCGAGGGGGGUGCCAUGCUGCUGACCGCCAGCAUCGCGGUCUGUGCCAAUCUGCUAAUGGCCUUUGUGCUGCACCAUCCUGGGCCCCCCCACAGCCACGGGUCUAGGGGGGCAGAGUAUGCACCCCUGGAGCAGGGGCCCGGGGAGCCCCUGCCUUUGGGGAAUACCAGCGUCCGGGCAGCCUUUGUGCAUGUGCUGGGGGACCUCCUGCAGAGCCUUGGGGUGCUGGCUGCCUCCAUCCUCAUCUACUUCAAGCCUCAGUACAAGGCAGCCGACCCCAUCAGCACCUUCCUGUUCUCUAUCUGUGCCCUUGGAUCCACGGCUCCCACCCUCCGAGAUGUUCUUCGCAUCCUCAUGGAAGGUACUCCCCGCAGCGUGGGAUUCGAACCUGUGCGGGAUACGCUGUUGGCAGUGCCAGGAGUCCGGGCAACCCACGAGCUGCACCUGUGGGCCCUCACACUCACGUACCACGUUGCCUCUGCACACCUGGCCAUUGACUCCACGGCUGACCCUGAAGCCGUCCUGGCUGAAGCCUCGUCCCGGCUCUACUCCCGGUUUGGAUUCUCCAGCUGUACCCUGCAGGUGGAGCAGUACCAGCCGGAAAUGGCCCAGUGCCUGCGCUGCCGGGAACCCCCCCAAGCCUGAGCCACGGUCCUGCCCUCACCCCACUGCCAGGCCCACGCUCAGCCCUGGACUCUCCGCACCUGCCUCGCUGAUCAUGGAGAAGGGACCGAGCUGGGCCCAUACCCUUUCCUCUCUCCCUCCUCCCUGCCAGCCCCAGCCCGAGCCCCCAGCCCCAGUGGGCAAGACCAAAGUGUGUGGAGGAGUGGCUGGGAGUCGGUCUGCAUAGAUGCGGCCAGUUCAGGAGCGGGGCCUGCGGGCCUCAGGGCGGUGGGGGUGUGUCGAAGUCCCCACGGUCGGGGGCCGUGAGCGUCCUUUCUGUGCAGUGCAUCUGUAUGGCUGGUGGCCUGGGACAUCUGCCUGUCUGUGCUGUCUGUGCCUGUGCCUGGGGGAGGUCAGCAGGGGCCCCCUCCCCACAUGGCUCUCGCUCUGUCUAUGCAGGGGCCCCAAAGCCUGCACUUUGUUCGUGUGUCCUAGCCCUGUGGUUGUGUCUCUGUGUCUCUGUGUGUGAGUGUGUCUCUUGGUGCUGUGGCCCAUGUGUCUCUGUGCCUGUGUGGCUGUGCUAUGGUCUCUAUGAAUCUGCCCCAUCCACCAAUCGUCUGGGAGUCCGUCUGUCCAUCCUCUGUUGGUGCUGUGCCCUCAGUUGUCCCAGAGAGAGGAAGGACCGCUGCAGCUCCAUCAAUAAACUCAUGUCUCACUGCGUCGCUCCACUCUGCACUGACUCCUCAGGGGAGUAGGUCCCGUCUGCCGUCUGUCAUCUGUCAUUUGGGGAACUGACGGAGUUCCCGAGCUGGAGGGACCUGCCAUGGCCCUCCUGUCCCUUCCCAGCCCCUAUACCCUCGCCACCCUCAAACGUCCAUUUGGA